GAUCGCAGUGUCUAUAUCCGUCUGUGUGUCUGUACACUUGUUAUUUCUGAAUUCCCGUAGCAUAUUCUACGUUCAGGCGAAAUUAACUGUGAGCAAAUGAGUUGGUUGCUGCAGACGAAGCCAGUUUCCACAUCUAGAUGGACCGAAUGAAAGUAUGCCUAGUGCAUCGGAAAAGAAAUGUUGCGCGGUAUGUGGGAGCUGAACGGAGUGUAAACAUCCAGAGGAUGGAUGGUGUUUGUUGAGCGCUGAUGAGGAUGCGGGAGCAUUAAUGCUUACUGUAACUUCCAUCACAUCCAUGGAGCAACACUGCAAUGGCUAGUGAUAUCAACAGCGAAUCUAGUGGAAGUGACUCCGGUUCGACACCGGAGGAAGAGAUGAUUCGGCGGCUGUUCCAGACCUGCGAUGGGAAUGGAGAUGGCUAUAUUGACAGUCAGGACCUGUUGGCUGUCUGCCAGCAAUUGAACCUGGAACACUGCGUGGGUGAACUUAUGGAACAACUAGGGGCAGACGAAGAGGGACGCAUAUCGUAUGCAGAGUUUUUAAGGAGGCGCAUGCAACUCAUGAAUGAGAUAAACACGCUCACUCAUCAGGAUCAGGAAACGCCCAGCAUUGCCGAACCGACAUCUCUACGGCAACCAAGUGGAGAACCCCAGUGGAAAGAAGAGAACGACACAAUACUGGGAGCUGUUUCUGAGAAACAUGACAGCUGGGAGUUUGACUCUGGUACAAGGGACCUUAGCCCCGAACCCAACACUCUGCAGAAACUUAUUGAAGCAUCAGGAGGUUCCAUCCCUGGUGAUUCUGGUGACCUUCUUGAGCUGGCUAACAAGCUACACUUGGCAGCAGUGUCAUCCUUAAAAUGUGAAGUGUAUGAGCUAACGUCGCAGCUGCAACGAACAUCUCGGGAACGAGAUUUCUUUGAGCGGCAACUGCACACUGACCGUCUUCACCGGUCUCGAGAAAGGGAGUGCAGACUCAAGGAUCAGGCUCAGCGUUAUGAAGAACGCAUUACAGAACUGCACAGUGUCAUUGCUGAGCUGUCUAAGAAGCUUGAAAUCCAGCGUGCAACCGUUAUCAAGGAAGAGGAUGAGUACAGUCAGCAGUCUGGCGACGAUUCGAGAAUUAGUGAUAUACUCAGCCAGUGUACAAGCAACGAAAAUUUGGCCAGUGACUCCGUUAGUGAUAAAGAAAUUUCACGGCAUUUGCACGAAGAGGAACCCAAUACUGAAGUGCGCCAAGAUGAACAUCAGGAAGGCGAGGACACAAGCAGUGGCCUUGGUGAAAAUGAAAGUGUCGACGAAAAGGCAAAUAAGGGUGUACAAGAAGGAAGACAUCGAAAGUACAACACAGAAAACAGGGCUACAUCGUGCCAUAGUCUUCAAAUGUCACAAUAUCACGAAGAAGUUCUCUCUCUGCGCACAGAAAAUUUAGCCUUACACGACCAGCUCAGUCGACAAGAAACUGAACUCAAUCGUACUAAAGCUGCACUUUCAGGAAUACGGGAGGAUAGGGACAGACUGCAACGCAGGGUGAGGGAGGUCCAGAGCAAACUACAGCUGCAGAGUGCUCAGGGCUCACAAGCCGGGAGCUCCCCAACAGUUCCCCACUGGAGUAGCACAACCACUGGAGAGCUCAGUCCAAGUAAUGAGACUCCGGUUGCCAAGAUAGCAGAGCGUGUGCGUCUUCGCAAACUGGAGGGCAGCGAUUGUCAAAUACUAGGUUCGGAGAUGACUUCUCUUGGGAUUUCAUCCAGCAAAGUUGCAGAACAGUUAGUGCAGCCUCUUCAGGAAGAGUCUCAAACUCAGGAGAUUUUUCAGUCACUGCGUUCUGUGGGUUCACCAGUGCCAGAAAGCCACCUUCGGGAAUUUGAGGUUGAAACUGAGCGACUCAGCAGCAAGAUUGAACACUUGAGGUCACAGAACGAUCUUCUGAAUUUGGCACUGGAGGAGAGUCGAGGCCAAUGCGACCGCUUGAGCGUACUAUUAGGAAAGCACGAAUCAAACAAUACUGCACUUCAGCUUGCCCUGGCUUAUGGAGACCGUGCAUUGGAAGCCUUUGACACGUUACUUAAUGUUGUGGAGACAGAGCAAGCACUGGUGCUUGCUAACUGUCGUGCUGCAGGCUUUGUCGGCACACCAGUUGAGGAGUCCUGUGAAAAAGAGCAAGAAGUCACGUGUCUUCUUCAAAGAGUGCAGGACAACAGGCGAGUUGCAGAGAGCAUGGCAAAACAAUUUCUGCACAAACUUGAUCGCCAAUAUGGCGUUGUCACGCCCUCAAGUUGUGCUCUCAGUCCUUGGGAGGAUGUUUCGUCUCACAGCCAUACCACAAGCACCACCAGCUCUACAUCAAGCAGUUGUGAUGGGGAAUUAACUAAAGCAGAUGAGCAACGAUUACGAGACUACAUUGGACAGCUCCGAAAUGAACGGACCGCAGUGCAGAGCACUGUGCUUGAACUGGAAAGUGUGCAUAUUGAUGCUCGUGGUGCACCUUCCCUACUUGAUGCGCACAAACUGGAUCUUGAGAAUGCUGUACUUAUGCAGGAGCUCACAGCCAUAAAAGAAGAGAAAGCAGAAUUGAAAGCUCAAGUUUAUCUGUUAGAAAAGGAGAAAGUAGCCUUAGAAUUCCAGUCAAGUAGCUGGGAAGCUCGGGAGCAAGCCUGCACAGUAACCAUCAACCACCUCAAAACGGAGCAGCGUGAACUACAGCAGAUUGUUGAUAGGCUACAGGGAAGAACAGCAAAAGUGGAGGGCCUUAGUCCAGAUGUGCAGGAGUUAGCAGAAUCACAGAAACGAGAGAAGAAGCUCAAAGGACGGAUGGAGGAACUUCUUGCAACUUUGGAGAAAGUUACGAAGAAUUCUGAACUUCGAGCACAACAGUCAUCUGAGUUUGUGAAUGACUUGAAGAGAGCAAAUAGUGCCUUGGUUGGAGUAUUUGAGAAAGCCAAAAAGAAAAACCAGACCAAAGUGAAAAGGCUAGAACAGCAGCUAACCACCAUGACUGAUAGGCAUAAUGCUCAGGUACGGAUGCUGAAACAGAGGAUAGCGAUGCUUGAAAGCUCGGGAACCCAUCAUACACUGCCACUAUCUGGAAGUGAGACGUCUUUAUGAGCAGCUCUUUGUUUUGUAUGGGUAUGAACAAUGGGCUAUACUGUUGGAGUUGAUAUCUUCUGUGAAUACCUCUUCUCUUAAACAUGCAUCGAAAGAUUGG